UAGCCCCGCCCCCACCGCCCUGCCGGUCACGCGCAGCUAGAGCCUGCGGAACUGCAGAUGCGGUUCCGAGCCGGCUCUAGGGCUGUUUCCAUUGAGUGACCAGGAAGGGACCCCUCUCUCCCGCCCUCAGCCUGUGCCCUCGCGGCGGAGGCCGGUUGACUCCAAAUUGAAAGGAAGCCUGGGAUCUUACACCAAGCUCACCCCACCACACCGAGGCCACGAGGUGGCGACUUGGCCCUGGCGACCCCACCGGCCAUGCCGGCCUCCCUCACCGCCGCGUCUAGAUGGGUAGAAGCCUGAGACACGGUGCGAUUCAGAAGCUGGACCCUGCAGUUCCCAAAAGUCAGGCUUGUGGAUUGCCGGUGUUCUUUGCCACCUCAAAAAGAAAUCAUUCGGAACUCCUGUUCAAAGUGCAGCUUCCCGGAUCUAUACAGAUCAAGAUCUGAGGGAGCCAGGACAAGGAAUCUGGAUUUUAACGGAUUAUUUUAGGAAGGUAUGUGCAUACUAGAUUUGGGGAUCAGGAGAUGAAGCAGCAGUGUAAGAGUCCCGGUUUGUGCCCCUAGCUCUCUGUUCAAAGCGUUCCUGCAGAACUGCUUCCAUAUAAAGGCACCUCCAGGAAAUUUCGCCAGACACCGCCUGACACUGACAAACCCAGGCCUUUCCAGCUUUCUGGACACGUUAGUUAGAAACAUGUCCGCUUCGGUGAAAGAAAGUCUUCAGCUUCAGCUCUUAGAAAUGGAAAUGCUGUUUUCUAUGUUUCCUAACCGAGGGGAAGUAAAACUUGAAGAUGUAAAUGUCCUGACGAAUAUAAAGAGAUAUUUGGAAGGCAGUAGGGAAGCGCUGCCACCCAAAAUCGAAUUUGUGAUUACACUCCAGAUUGAGGAGCCCAAGGUGAAAAUCGAUUUGCAAGUAACAAUGCCACACAGCUACCCCUAUGUAGCAUUGCAGCUGUUUGGACGGUCAUCUGAGCUUGACAGACAACAGCAGCUACUUCUCAACAAAGGUCUCACUUCUUACAUUGGGACUUUUGAUCCAGGUGAACUGUGUGUGUGUGCAGCAGUGCAGUGGCUACAGGACAACAGUGCAUCCUAUUUCCUGAACAGAAGGCUCACAUAUGAACCAUCUACACAACCAAAGCCAGUGAAGAACACUUUUCUCCGAAUGUGGAUCUAUAGCCACCAUAUAUACCAGCAGGACCUACGGAAAAAGAUUUUGGACGUUGGAAAAAGGUUAGACGUGACUGGGUUUUGCAUGACAGGAAAGCCUGGCAUUAUCUGUGUAGAGGGCUUCAAAGAGCACUGUGAGGAGUUCUGGCACACGAUUAGGUACCCCAAUUGGAAACACAUUUCCUGUAAGCACACAGAGAGUGUGGAGACAGAAGGAGAUGGCAAGGACCUGCGCCUUUUCCACUCUUUUGAAGAAUUACUCCUUGAGGCCCAUGGUGACUAUGGAUUAAGGAAUGACUAUCACAUGAAUCUGGGCCAGUUCUUAGAAUUUCUCAAAAGACACAAAAGUGAGCAUGUUUUUCAGAUUUUAUUUGGGAUUGAAAGCAAAAGUUUAGAGUCCUAGGAAGCUAGGAGGCCUAUGCUUGUAAUUUCACUGGUUCAGUAUUUCUGUUAAUAAGACCAAAGUGACAAGGCUGGUGGCUGUGUAGCAUCGCAGGUGGGAAACCUAGCUCCAGAAUUUUCAUCUGGCAAGAAUUUCAACUGGAAUGAAAUAAACAGUCCUUUUUACUCUGUAACAGUGCAACUGCGAUGUUUUAAGUUAUUGUGUCAAGUCACCAGAAAACUAUUUCAUUGUAAAUUAAUAAAAACAGUCCACUUAA